CAUAUUUCAUUGUUAGUGGAAAAAUACAUUAAUCACAGUCAAGUAGCUUCGACUUUAGUUGCAGUGACAGAGCUUGCUCGACUUGGAGUGCAAUUUCACCAUGGCAAAGCAAACCUCAAUCGCUGAUGUGAAAAAGAACUGCCCCGUCUUCAAGACCAGCCAUUGUCCAUACACUGGACUAAAGGCACAGUUGGCUAGGAGUAGUGUGUUCGACCACGGAUGUAUCGUUAAACCUGGUCAAUGCAAGACUUYAGCCGAGGUAUCUGAURUCCUGGCUACUGUUGUGCCUAAAGGCGAAGCRGAAGAAAWGAUAAUGGCCCAUGCGAUCCAACAAGCUGUUCUUCUUGGCUACAACGWAGAGAAGAAGAUGGGCAAAUCUUGCCCUGUUCUUCCAAACUGGCCCUUCAACACCAAAACGGAUGGRACAGCAGUGUUYACUCCGCAAAGUGCCAUUGAUUCAGUGUAUGUCACCAUGGAUGACGUUAAGCAAAAGUGCCCAGCCUUCAAAAAGGGUAAUGAUUGUCCAUACAACGUUCCUGAGCUGAAGGGACUUGGUAAAGGUUGUCCAGAAUUCAAAGAUGGAUGUCCCUUCAAGAAUGUUAAGACUGUUGGUGAGUUUCGAGAGAAGCUAGGAGAGAUGAGAGAAAAGUGCAAAGGGAAAGCCAACUACAACAAGGCUCUCGAGCUUACUACAAAAGCUACUGGAGAGAAAGUUGCUGAACUUGGACAUUGCCCAUUCCACAAGUAUGGCUGUCAAGUCAAGGAAGAUCUGCAAGGCCAAGCCAUCGCAAACGACAUCGUUGAAUUGGAUUAUGUCAAGAACCACUGUCCAGUUUUCCAGAAAGGACAUUUUUGCCCUUACGAUAUCCCCUGCCUCAAAGGACUUGGAACAAAAUGUCCAGAAUUCAAAGAUGGUUGUCCCUUCAARRACGUUAAGACGGUUGGAGAGUUCAAGCAAAAGCUCGGAGAGAUGAAAGACAAGUGCAAAGGCAAGGAAAACUACGAAAAGGCUUUGGAUAUGAUUAUGGCGGCAAGUGGAGAACAAGUAGGCAAGUUUGGUCACUGCCCUUUCUUCAAUUUUGGUUGCAUGUUGAAGACUGAUGGUGAUGACAAACCAAUUCAUUCAGAGUGGUUUACCAUGGAGUAUGUCAAGGAGCAUUGCCCUGCCUUCCGCAAGGGAAAGUUCUGCCCUUACAACGUGUCUGAACUCAAAGGACUUGCAGAAGGCUGCCCAGCCUUCAAGGAUGGCUGUCCGUUCAAAAACGUGAGAACUGUUGGAGAGUUUGAAGGCAAAUUGGCUGAAAUGAGAGAUGAAUGCAAGGCAAAGAGCAAAUAUAACGAAGCUUUGAAGAUCAUCUAUGGUGUCAAUGGAAAGCAGUCUGCCGUGAUCGGCCAUUGUCCGUUCUUCAAGUUUGGGUGCCCAUUCAAAACGGAUCGUCAAGGAAAAYCAAUUGUUCCUGAUCUUGUCACUCUGGACUACGUAAAACAACACUGCCCAGCAUUCCAUAAAGGUAAACACUGCCCUUACAAUGUCAAGGAACUCAAAGGACUUGCCUCUGGUUGUCCAGAAUUCAAGCGGCACGGAUGCCCCUUUAAGGAUGUGAAAGAUGUUCGAGAGUUCAAAACCAAACUUGGAGAGAUGAGAGACACCUGCAAAGGAAAAGAAAAGUACACCCAAGCCUUGGAACUUGUUUUUGAGGCUAAUGGUGAAGCGGUUGCUAAACAUGGCCACUGUCCAUUCUUCGCCUGUGGAUGUCCUUUGAAAAGCGACCACAAUGGAAAAUUCAUCACUCCUGAGACCAUGUCCAUGGACUACGUUAAAGGUCACUGCCCAGCAUUCGAGAAAGGCAAGGCUUGUCCUUACAAUGUUCCACAACUGAAAGGAUUAGGCAAGCAUUGCCCAAAGUUUGCUGAUGGCAAAUGCCCAUUYAGAGAUGUGGAGAAUGUUGGAGAGCUCAAGGCUAAAAUGGGUGAAAUGAGAGACACUUGCAAAGGGAACGCCAACUACAAAAAAGCCAUCGAUGUAAGAACAAAUAUCGUGGGUAUUAAUCUACCCGGCAACCUCGCUCUUGUUAGAAUAAAUUGCUCUUUAAAUAUGCCYUCAGAAACGUUUUUUAUUUAGUGACUUGCAAAGAUAUAAUCGACCUCCAAUCUGUUUUAUCAGUGAAAGAUGAGAUACGAAGUGUUAUUCUUCCAAAUGACACUAGCUCAGACAAACAUAUCUAGUCGAGAGAGUCGAGAUAGUUGACUGACUUUUUACGACCUCUAGUCAUUUGGAAAUUUUGUUGUCAUGUUCUACAAAAUAGCAUACAGUCAUAAAGAUCAACUUUACAUUU